UUGAACAGAAGGAUAAGAAAGUAGUCGGCCCUAAUUUAUGGAGUUUUCCCUUUCUCCAGAGUUUCCAAAGUUGGUAGAAAACAUUGAGCCAAAAGAAGCGAAGAAAGAAUUCUUCGCUGGAAGAGUUUCGAAAAGAUGCUUUUCCUGUCGGUCACGGGGUGAACUGGGUAGCUGCAAAGAUAAAUUCAAAUUUACAAAUGCUUCACAAAUUGAAGAGGGCCAAGGAGUAGAAGUGAUACCGUGUGCCUCUGGCUGGUGUGGGAAAGUCACGGAGGGAAGUUCAAGCACGUUUAAAAAUGAAGAGUACGAUACUGCAACACACAGAAUGUGCCUACAACGAGGGCCCUCAGAUGAUGAGGAGCAUUGUGCUGAGACGAUGGUCAGCCGCAACAAAGUUUUCAUGUGCUUCUGUAGAGGAGACCUUUGCAAUUCUGCCGAUUCUCAUCACAGUUCUCUUUCAAUCAUCCUUGUAGUAACCUCUGCUUUCUUAAUGUAUGUACUCAAUGGCAGCCUACACUCAUGACAGGCCAAUAUAGUUAAGUCGGUGGGUUCCUUAUUUGUGCAAUAAAAUGCUAGAUUCGUUUUUUUUUUUUUUUUGAAGAGAGAAAAUUCAAAAUAUAAACAUCAAAUUGUAACUGUCCUUUUCAGGUUAUGAGUUUCUUUCUUCCUUGCAGGAUUAAUAAUUUAUAAAUGAAGUCUCUCUUUUGUGGUGAAAUCUACAGCGAGGAGGUGUGCUCUUUUUGAAUAAAUAGUGACCAUGAUGAUGCAAGUGAAAUGGGGACAUACUUCUCAUUCCCAAAAUUUGUAUGUGAUAAUUCUUAGAUUAGAGCUUGAAAAUUAUUUUCCUUUAUUAGGAAAUGUAAUUCUCCUACAGAUGACCACACUAAUGAAAUGGAAAAUUUUGAAACUUCAUGUUGUUCCACUUUUGACUUUAGCCGUACCUUUUUUAAAAUGGAAAACCGUAAAAAACUGAGGAAUUAUCAUUCAAAUACUUUUUUUUACGAAUUUCAUAGGUUACAGUGAAAAAAAAUCAUUUUGAACUCAUUGUAUUCAUUCACUACUUUCUACGUUUCUGUAAGAAAUGAGAUUUGUUUUCCAAUAUAGUUUGAUUUUUGUAAAUAAA